UAUAAGGAAGGACAGAGAUAUUCCCGUUCCCAAACAGAAGACUAUCUUCGCCUUUAAUUGUUAAAACAAUUCAGAGAAAAAAGAAGGCUGUUAAACUGCUGCUCAGCCGCCGGGAAGAUUAAGGAUGAUGGAUUUGAUGUGGCUAACUGCCUUAUUUCUUGGAGCUGUACUUGGAUAUUACAUCAGCACUCUACGACGCCGUAUCUCUGCCCCCUCCUCCAAAUCUGUGGCCGAGUCUAGUGGGAAUAAGAAGAUUAAGUCCAAGGAACCCCUAGAGAUUGAGGAACUCACUGUUUCCCGCAAAAGAUUCAAAAUGGUUUUGGUAGCGAGGAAUGAUCUUAAAAUGGGUAAAGGAAAGAUUGCAGCUCAAUGCAGUCAUGCAACUUUGGGUUUAUACAAGAAACUCCUUCGACGGGCGCCAAAAGCCUUGAAUAGAUGGGAGAAUUGUGCACAGCCAAAAGUUGUGGUCAAAAUCGAGAGUGAGGAAGAGAUGUUAGCUUUGCGAGAGAGAGCAAAGUCUCUUAAGCUGCCAACCCAUAUCACAAUUGAUGCAGGAAAAACACAGAUCGCUCCAGAUUCAAGGACAGUAAUGGCUAUUCUUGGACCGGUGGACGUUGUUGAUGAUGUAACAGGUGGACUAAAGCUUAUGUAACAACUCUUACAUUCAGUAUUCAGACAAUCUAGCACAAGGGAAAGAAUGUUAACUGACUUCAAGUUUUCCUUCUUGCUUGAUUUUACAUGACCUUGCUAGAAGAUAGAUGAUCAUAUGAUUAUAAAUUUGAUUAUAAAUUUUUGUUUAUCCCACCAAACAUUAGAAGAUAAAAAGACAGUUGUUUUGUUUUUAUCUAUAUAAGACCUUUGUCGCUUA